UGCACUUUUCCGUCAGUCGGUUGUCAACAUUCAGUUCGAUCAGACUCAUUAGGUUAAUUUUAGUUAACAAAGAUAUUAGUUUUAUUUUACAAAAGUACAACAAACAAAAUUAAUUAUAAUGACAACAUUUAAGCAAGUUCCUCUUACAUGUGGUGGCCAUACUAGACCAGUGGUGCAUUUGGACUUUAGUGACGUUACCAAGGAUGGGUAUUACCUGAUUUCUGCCUGCAAAGAUGGCAAGCCCAUGUUGCGGCAAGGUGAGACGGGCGACUGGAUUGGCACCUUCGAGGGCCACAAAGGAGCUGUUUGGGGCGUAGCUCUAACUCAAAACGCUAACUUGGCGGCCAGCGGCGCUGCUGACUUCUCAGCGAAACUCUGGGACGCGCGUUACGGCGAAGUAGUUCAUACGUUUGACCACGACCACAUAGUGAAGAGCGUGAAUUUUAAUGCAGACGACUCACUGCUUCUCACUGCGAGCAACGAAAAACUCAUCCGAGUGUUCGAUCUUAACAAGCCUGAGGCUGGCCCCGUGGAAAAAUUCAGCGCCCACACCAGCAGUAUCCGCCACGCCGUGUUCCUCCACAACUCUCGGAUCGUCAGCGUCAGCGACGACCUCACUAUGCGCGUGUGGGACAGGACGUCUGGCCAGGAGGUGAACAAAAUCGAGUUUACUUCAAUUCCGAAUAGUUUAGAACUCUCAAGGGAUGGCGCUAUUUUAACAGUAGCACACGGUACUAACGUGUCAUUCUACUCAACGGACACGAUGCGCAAGAUGCGCGAAGUGGCCGUCCCGACCAAGUGCUACUCUGCGUCCUUGGCCCCCUCGCGGGCCACCUUCGUGUGCGGCGGCGAGGACCUCAAAGUCUACAAGUUCGACUACAACACGGGCACUGAAUUAGAGUGUAACAAAGGACAUUUCGGUCCCGUGCACUGCGUGCGGUGGUCGCCGGACGGCGAGCUGUACGCCACGGGCUCCGAGGACGGCACCGUGCGACUGUGGCAGGGCGUGCCCGGGCGCGUGUACGGGCUGUGGCGGCGCAGCAACGAGACGGCGCCCAUCACCAACGGCUUCAAGGAGGUCGCCGCCAACUGACACACGGACACAUGUCUGCAGGAUUUUGAGAGGCAGUGAGAGAGCAAACAAAAUUGUGCCUGGUGUUAUCGCUCGGCGUUGUCACAGGCAAGCGUUACAGUUACGUUUCGAGGGGGCUGGCUUCAGGGUCCGUUGCACCAAACCGCCUGUCUCCGUUAAAACGUUCGUCAAAUAUACGUACGGAAAUUUCGGGAACUUGUGGCGUUGAUCAGUCCCUCAAUCGUGGUUUGUGCAACUAACCCUUAGCCCGAAUCAAGACUAUAUUUACAAAAUAUCAGACUUUUUGUGUUGUCCCUUUUUUCAACACUUUUUUUUUUUAUAUACUCAAACGCAAUGUAUUUAUUGUAAAAAGAAGGAAACUAAAUAGACUUGAUAUGCAACAAAAUGAAGUGAUGUACAUAAUAAGCUUUUAUAUUUGCGUUUAGAAAUGAUAGUUUAAUAAAACAACAUUUUUAAACAAAAUAUUCGUUUACUUGUUUUGUCACUAGAUGAGAUUUGUGUUCCUAUAGCUAUUUAUAACUAUUUUACACCUUGAUUUCGGCCAAUGUUUUUUUACAAUAAUUUAUACAAGUACAUUUAUGGCCUGUGCAUAUCGGAUGCGUGUGCGUAGACGUGCAUGUGCGCGUUGUAUUAUACAGCUUCUUAUGAGAGACGGCACACCGAUUACGUGACGUGUGCGUGUACGGCUCCAAAGUUUUAACGCACGCACACGCAGCCGGUGUGAACAGGCCUUUGGGCAGUGACAAAUGUUGAAAACUGUUUUAAUAACUUAUACAACUAGAACAGCACAUAUCGGUAAAUUAAACAAGUUUAAGGUAACUAUUGGUUUUUAUACUCGGUUACUGACGACUGCAAGUUUCCAAAAUUGCAAAAUUUCCACAUGGAAAAAUUUCGGGAACCUCGUAUUUUUGUAUGGGUAUCGAAAUUUUCCAUAUCCAAAAUGAAACUUUCUCUGGAAGUUCCGAGAAAUUUUAUAACUUUUUGGGAACUUGCACAACUGACUCAUUUCACGAACGUUGGCAUGAAUGGAAUGCACGAAACUUUCAUUAAAUGAGUGACAUCUAUAUCGGUAUACAGUCAGACCCGCCAUUUUAUUGGUUAAUGAAUUGAUACACAUAGAUAUUUUCAUUCAGUCAUUCAUUCCGUUCGUUCCAGCUCUUGUGAAUCUGUACCACUUGGUAACAUUUAACAUUAAGUGCAUGUCAAUUUGUAUUUUCAGAACAACUGGGUGUAUUUAUUAUGUCAAUACUUAACCUAAUUUUGUUUUCGCCACAUCAAAAUUAAAGCUAACGAUGGCCGUAAAUGCUUAAUUAUAAUUAAAAAGAAAUUUAAUUCGAAAGAGUAUAAAACAUUGACAUAUUUAAUGACAGCCCUUAUGGGCACUAAGAAUAGUGCUAGUUCAGUGGUGUCACUCUUCGAGCCAAUCGGGCAGUCUAACGAAACUAGUUCCGACCAAUCGCGCGCGUGAUGCGAACUCAUCAACCAAUCGCGUUACGGCGUUAGACUGCACGAUUGUCUCGAAUUCGUGUGCGUGACACCGCUGUACUGGCCCCAUUCUUUGCCCAUAAGGCCCGUCCUUAGAUGUAUGUCAAUGGUAUAAAAUUAUAAAAAUGUAAUUUGGUACUUGAUGAAACAAAUUGUUAAAGCCACAUUAUUGCAUUGCAACGAAGUGUCUUAAACAAUGUACAGAUCUUAACAAUACCCUAAAUUAGACUAAUAAAUAGCAACUAUUUAUUAUACAUAUUAAACUACCUAAUUAUUUGUUGUAAUAAACUUAAACAAGGAGUAUAUAAUUCUGCAAGUCUACAAUACACAAGGGAAGGAAUAGA